AUGGCAGUGGGUGCAAUAUAUCUGUUGCUAUUGAAUAAAUCAUUUACUCCACAUACACAUACAAAAAUAUCUUUAUUUAUUGUGAAUUUACAUUCACAUGAAAAUUUAUUAUUAUUAUUAUUAUUAUUAUUAUUAUUAUUAUUAUUAUUAUUUUUUUUAUUAUUAUCAUUAUUAUUAUUAUUAUUAUUAUUAUUAUUUUUAUUUUUAUUAUUAUUAUUACUAUUAUUUACUAUAAUGGGAGAGAGUGAGGGGGAGUUUUUUUUUUUAUAUUUUGAAAUUUUUAUGAUAAUUUGGAUAAUAUUGUUUUGUAUUGAUUGUCGUCAGGUCAAUUAA